CCCCUUCACCCGCCAUAUCAUUAUUAAGCUUGUUGAAUAAUGUUCGCCGUAGGUCGUGUUCUGGCCUCUGUUUUAUUUGUUCGACUUGUAAUGUUUGGAUGUUAUUUGUGACUUAUUUAUUUUUUUAUUCUUUUAUCACAAUAACAAAAACAAUAAUAAACUAGUGAUAACAUCAAUUCUUUGUGUUGGUCCUCCAUACCACAUUUUGACAAUAAACUCAGUUUUCAUUUUUCUUCAUUGAACUUUUAAAACUUAAUAAUAUAAUACCGACUGGACAUGUGUAGUUAUCGUGGACAGCUACUUCCAUUACGACAUGUUUUAGAUGGAAUGAUUCCUUCCGCAAUGCUCCAGAGCUCAUAGCGGUUCUUAACAGCGGCCGCGCGUUGGAAUACAGAAUUAAGAAAUGAUUCAUCUAAUAACCAUAUAAAAAGUACAAUUAUGUUUCCCAAUUCAGUUACAUUAUCAUCAACAUUACCUAGGAUUAAUAAGGAAAAUAAGGAAUAUGAUGAUAAUUUGGCUAACAUCUCAAAAUCGUUGGAUUUCCAUAAUAAUCAUAAAAGUUGGCCUCUAGUACAAGUAGUAGAAUGUGUAACAAUAAAAGCUGUAUCAAACAUUCCACCGCCUGUCAAAGAAAUGGAAACUGAUGUAGUAGAUGGAAUGUCUUUACCAAAUAAGAUUGAUUUUAAAGAAAAUUUUCAAUCAAAUUGUAUAGAUGAAAACAUCUUAGAAUGUUCAUCAAGUAAUAAUGUAUUAAAAAUUGUUUUACCUCUAGUCAAUGAUAAUGAACCAUUAAAUAGUCCAUUAGAUACUUACAAACAAAAUAUAUUAAUUUGUCAAAACGACUGCAAAUCAAGCAUUAAAUCUGUGCAAUACUCUCAAAAUCACUGUAAUGAAAAAUCAGUGAAUGUAGUUGAUAAUGUAAAUAAUAAUGAUAGUAGUAAUUUUAAUAAUAUAAAAUAUUCUAUAUUAGAUGAAGCUGAAAUAAAUAGAUUUAGCUCAACAUUUGAAGACAUAAAAACUUUACUUAAAGAAGGUUUAGUUGAUGGUUUAGAUGAAAUGCCACCUGACUUCCAACCACCAAAUCCUCCAAAAUUAUAUAGAGUAUCAUCGUUACCUAGUAUUCUAAGUCAUGAUAGUACAAAAAAUCAACAUCCAUACUUAACAAUGUAUGCUACUAAAAACGAAUUAUUAAUAAAUAAGCUAAACAAAAGUUCUAUUGAAAAACAAGAUAUGUCUAUACAAGUAUCAACCGAAUUAUUUAAAAUAGAUAAUGUUGAAAAAGUUCUUGUAGAUACUAGUUGUCAAACAGAAGACAUUUUUAUAAAUAUUGAAGUAAAUACUGAUUUAUCAACUGAACAAAUUGAUAAAGAAGAAAUUUUUCCUAUUAAAGAUGAAAUUAGCUUAGAAUCAGCUAAAGUUGAAGAAAUUCAUAUUGUAAAAGAGAUAGAUAAAAAUAAUGCCUUUUUACUUAAAGAAAGUCAAGAACACAAUUUAUUACUUAAAGAAAUUGAAGAAAAUAAUAAAUUAUUAAAAGAAGUUGAAGAAAACAAUUUAUUAUACGAAAAAUAUUUAAACAAUAUUAAUUUGAUUGACAACAAUGUAAAUAAAGAAGUACUGCCACAAAUAUCGGAAGAAAUUAAUGUUGUAUCAAAACAAGAUAAUCAGAAUAAUAUAUUAAGUAUUAAUGAACAAAAUCAUGGUAAAAUAGAAGAUAAUGUUUCUUAUAAAAACCUCAAUACACUUGAAAAAGAACUGGAACUUCAAUCAAUUGAAGAAAGUUGUACAAACUAUGUAAAUGCUAAUAUUUUAGAAGAAUUUGUUAAUGAACAAUUAAAUCUUAAUAAUAUUAAUGGAGAUUUAGAUUUUUUAUUUGGACCAUUGCCACCAUCCCCUGUUGAAGAAUCUGUUCCAAAAUUACCCAAAAUAAAAAGUAUGGACGUAGUUCUAUUAGAAAGAAAAACAGAAGUUGAAACAACAACAGUUCCAUUUGCUAUGAAUUUUCAUAAGAACGAAUCUAGUAAUUCAAUAAUAAAAUCUCGAUCAAUCGAUGCUGAAUUUUCCCAAAAUUUCCAACAUCAUCAAAAAAUUGGAACUCGAUCGGUACAAACUGAAAGAAGGACUUAUCCAUCGGAAUUACCUAUAACUGAUGAAUAUCCUAGACCAUUGCCAUUUAGAAUUGGAAUUCAUCCCAGUACAAUUGAGAAACUGUCGGAUAUUUCAAAUUCAUUACCUGAUACACCACUUCUUGGAAGAUGUGAUUUUCCUCGUCAGUAUUCAGCAACAAACACUAAAACCAUGUCUCAAAUGAGCAAUAGUUUAAGUAUUAACAUGAGAGGUGCUGGGCAUGGAUCAAGUAUUGGAUUGAGUCAUGCAAUGGUUGGUGCAGAGUUACUACACAUGAAUGGCCCUGGUAGGGGUUGGUACCCUCGGCAACGGCAAUUUCGUCCUGUUUCAGUUGAACAACUUGACAAAUUGGCAGCUAGUAAAAGUCCUGUAGGAAAUUCACAUUGGAGUGGUGGAGAUAGGCACAAGCCAGUUACAUUACCUCCAAAUCUUUCUCCUAAGUUUUUCAAUCGAUCUCCAAGGGAGGCUUUACGGCGUGUAACUAGUCUAUUAAUUCGAAAAGGUAAUACCAAUAAAAAUAGCAAAACAAAAACUGUAUUUGCGUCUUCUGUGAUUGGCCCUCAUGGAGACAUAAGUGAAGAAUGUGAUACUAGUCAACCAAAGCGUGGAUUUUUUAAAAGUUUAUGGAGAAAAUAAGACUACUUAAGUUUUGCAAUCAAAUUUCACAGCAAUUUAAAUGUAAUUUGUUACUCUGUCAUUAAACUUAUGUUUACCUUUUA